GGAGAUGUGAUUGUUAAUAGCCUUGGAACAGGUGGAGAGUGUGAGUAACUCGUACAUGAAAGAUAUCUGGUGACAUACAUAUAGAGAGACCGGAGGCCCAUCGGCGGCAUAAGACUCACGAUAGGACACUUGUACAAGGACAUUUUCAUCGGUUAAACUUAAGACAGAAGAAAGAGAGAUAAAGAGAGAGAGGGAGAAGAGAAAAAAAGACAAGCAACAGAGAGGAACGGAAACAACAACAACAAAACAACACGCUCACUCACUCAACCAUGUAUCUUCGUGGAGAUCACGCAGAGACAGACCUCCGCGUCUUGCGGCAACUCGUCCGCGAGAAUCCCCUGGGCCUCUUCACCACCGCCAUCUCCUCGCCAUCAUAUCCUCUGAUCCAGUCCAGCCACAUCCCAUUCAUCCUAGACGUCGAGGAUGAAUCCAGCGAGACCGAGCUCGGCCAGCUGAGGGCUCACAUGGCCCGCGCCAACCCCCAGAGCAAGGCCAUCAUCGACGAGAUCAAGGAGCGUCAGGCCGCAGGAGACAACUCGAGGACGCUGCAACAAGACGUCCUAGUCAUGUUCACCUCCGCAGUUCAACACUACGUUACGCCCAAGUUCUACACGGCCACCAAGCCAGUGACGGGCAAAGUGGUUGGCACAUGGAACUAUGCCGCCGUCCAGAUCUACGGCAAGGCGACGUUCUACAUCGACCCCAACGCAGAAGAGACAACGGCUUUCCUCAAUAGCCAGAUUGACGCCCUGUCGAGCUUCAACGAAAGAGUCACCAUGGGCUACACAGGAGAAGGAUCCAGACCCAAGCCGUGGCAAGUGUCUGAUGCGCCAACUCCGUACCUCAACAUCAUGAAGAAGGCCAUUAUUGGCGUGGAGAUUAAGAUUGAGAGGAUGGAGGGCAAGUUUAAGAUGAGCCAAGAGAUGGGCGACGGGGACACUGACGGAGUGGUGAAAGGGUUCAACGACUUGGGGACUGAUAUGGGAAGCAAGAUGGCGAGCACGGUAGAGGCACGGAGGGAGAUUAAGAAGCAGAAGAAGGCGGCCAAGGAGAGCGAGUGAUUUGAUGUUUUUUAUAUCAAUGAGUUUUGAACGGAAUAGAUUUCCUGUCUGACGUGUGGAAUAGACUGGAGUCGGCCAGAUACAGAUGCAGAUGCAGACACUAUAGACGUGGAAAAGGGCACAGAGAAGGGAAUGACCAGCGCGGUAUUCAACUACAGAUAAGAGUUAUUUUCAACAGAAAUUAUGUAUAUGAACCAAUAUUGACAAACAAUUGAAUUGCAAUGCGUC